GAGAUCGUGGCGGAUUUGCCUAGCCCAAACAGCAGCAUCUUCGUUCUGCAUUUCGGUUUGCAUUUUGGCUUACGCACCACACCGAGUUUCCGCAAACAAAUUGGACAUUUGGCGCGGUCUAUAGACUUCUCGAAACUCUGCAGCGAAGCGUGGCAGUCUUGAGCUUCGCGUUGCUCAGCACUUUUCCUCAACUUCCACCGCAACACUCACUCAUUGGACACCUUCGCCGUGGCGCCCUCUGUCGAUACCCGUUCUCUUCGUGGGGAAGAGAGGGCCUCUCCGGCCCCCUCGGAGUCGGACUCCGCCUACUCCAGCCGUCACUCCGCCGAAAUUGAGCGCUCGUCACCUCCGAGUUUUGAUUGCGAACAGCUUGAAGGCGAAUCGAAGCACACAACUGACACCGGUACCGAUUCCCAUGCAGCUACGAAACGCGCAUCUUUGUCCAGACAGUCAAUCCUACCACCAUCUCCCCCGCUGGGUGGUACCUCUCAACCAUGCAUAUCACAGCCACUGAGUAUCACACAGAACAAUUCCUCUUUUCACAACCUAGGGUUCCCUGCCUUAUCUGUGCAAAAUCAGGGGCACCUCAAUCCUCUAGCCACUCCAACACCCACGCCACCUCCGCCGCUACUGCAAAGAACCCCACUGUACUAUCCGCCGACGCAAUUUGCUUCUACCUUUGACUUGAUGGGAAAUUGGCAGCCGUUCAACGGUGCAGAUGCAUCACUUGGGGAAGCUAACUCUGUCGUCGCCGCUGGAAAAGCGAGGCUCGAUGAGAUGCACAACUUCACUUCCAAAGGACUCCAGGUUCGAGUAUUAGGUGUCCCACAGCAACAUGCAAAGUCGCGAGUGGAGACCCAGAUAAAGAUAUGCCUGCAGCUAGUCACGGACAAAGGUGACAAAGUGCCGUUGUGGUCUCAUCUGCGUCUCCCAGAAUAUCUGGUACCUCGCGAAAAGCUUCGGCGCAACAAGAUGAGCGACUAUGAUCAUAUGGCUGCCAUGUCGGAGAAGGCUGUUCUCAAUCUCGAAGCUGUUGUUGUUUGUGCUUCGGACGUAGCGAAAACAGUUACCACUUGCCUUGGGUGUAUCCAGCGAGAGCGGAAAAGGACAAGGAAGAAGGAAGCGAAUUCGAAGCGAGCAGUCAAGUGGGAGGCGCCACGUCUGGGCCCCAGUGGUGAGGAACUGUUGGAUGACGAAAGCCUGUCCCUGGAGCAGAAGAAGGUUUUGCUGUUUAACUGUAGCCAUAUGGUGGAUUUCAGCAGCGGCGACACAAUCUUACCCACUCGCAUCACAUGCUAUUGUCGCCACCACGGGGAGAAGCUCGGUUUCUGUGUGUAUUUCGUCAUUAGGGACUGCACUGGGCAGAUCGUUGCUACCGGAAUGUCCCCCCCGAUCAUGAUUACCGACGAUCACAAGUCCUCUAAGGCGAAGGCAAACAGUCGAAAGCGCCCCCGAACCGAUGAACCCAUGUCCCCCCCAAGCGGUUCCUCUCCCCCGUUCCGCAGAUCGUCCGUCCUCUCAUCACAAUCCAAUGAGCAGGUACCAGAUGCCAUGAGCAUGAUGUUGGGCGACUCCAUCCUAUCCUUUGGUGAAUCAAACAUUGGACUAGGGGAGCAAUUCAUGAAUCAUGGGCAUAAUAUUUUCCCAGCAAACCCGAGGCCUCACAGCGUCGCACAGCCCGCUAGUCCGAUAUCCCCUCCUCAGGCUGUAGCUUUUCCAAAGAUGGAUGAUUUACUUGCCAAUGAUGAAACUCGAGAACACCAAGCAUGCAACGGUUUGGACUUGAACGGGGAGUUUGGAGCGGAUAUGGUUAUGGAUUUGGAUAAUAUCUCAAGAGCUGCAGAUUUGGCCGUUUUUGAAGAUUUCAUGGUGCAGACUGGGCUUCAGGAUCCAGUGGAAGACGCUAAAGCCGAAGCCGCGAAUACAUCUGCCGUGACAUCCCAAAUUCCUUCUGUCAGCAGGAUUGUUCCCGCAGAAGGGCCGUUACAUGGUGGCCUGGAGGUGACUGUGCUUGGAAGUGAUUUCUAUGACGGAUUAACGGUCAUGUUCGGGGGCAUUCCGGCGGUUCAAACUCACUUCUGGGGCGCGACAACGCUUGUAUGUAUCCUUCCCCCAGCCCCCGUCCCGGGCCCUGUACCUGUCACUUUCAAAGAGCAUCCAGUGAACUUGUCUUCCGAAAGCGAUAAUAACGCCGCCAUAUUCACUUAUAAGGAUGAUGCCGACCGAGCUUUGAUGGAGCUUGCUUUGCAGGUGUUGGGGUUAAGGAUGACAGGGAAAUUGGAAGAUGCUAGACAGAUUGCUAUGCGAAUUGUAGCAGAUCCAAACAGCGGAAACAAGGAACCCACUAGCGGUGCUACGUCUUCAGCUCAAACGCGUCGGUCUUUAGCAGUCAGCGUUUUGAAGCAGUCCUUUGGGGUCAGUCCACGCGUCUCUCGUCCCGAGCUGGAGUGCCUGCUUCUCCAAGCGCUGUGCAAUGCUUCAGAUGACCAGAAUUUGCUUGACGAUACAUGCACGUCGACUGGACAUAAUUUGCUCCAUCUUGCAAUUCUUUCUGGAAUGGGCUCCUUGGCCAAGUGGCUUAUUGCAAACGAGGUUUGCGACAUAGAAGCUAGCGAUCAAUCAGGAUUUGCGCCCAUCCACUUUGCGGCAUGGACAGGCAUGUGGAGUGUUGUUAAGGAAUUGCUGGAAGCUGGUGCAAGACGCCAUGUCCCUAUUAAGCAAGGACAUCUUCCAGUUCACUUGGCGGCCUCGAGAGGGCACCGAGAGGUGGUGAAAUUGCUUGCAGUGUAUCAGAAUGUGUACGAUUGGGAUUCUGAUGAGGGGAUUUUCUCGGGCGAAGAGGAAGAGAGCGAGCAACCCGUGGAUGAGAGCGACGUCGUUGUGGAUCCCGUGGUGGAGCUUCACUCUGAAUGCGACAUGAUCGUAAAGGAAGUGCCCGAGCAUAUCCCAACGGACGACGCUGAUUUAAAGCCAGACGCAACUGAUGAUGUGUGGCUGGUUCCCACUUCAAAUGAGAUAGGGUCCGCUGGGAAAGGGUCACAGGCGCGUCCUGUAGGCCGUUUUGCAGAGAGGCCACGGCGAGGGAAGAGAGGAAGAGGAGGCAGAGGAGGCACAGGGACGCUUCAAAGAUUUUCUGCUGGUAUCAGAGAAGAAGUGUCUGUGACAAGCGGCAAGGACGAGACUGCGAAUGAACAUUGGAAUGCGCAAGAGGACGAUGGAUCUGCAAUAUCUGAAAAGGAUGGAGCGCAUACCGCAAUGACAUUAGCAGAACCUCUCCAAGCAGACCCCACAUUGGCAUCAGCAAACCCUGAGAAGGCUGGUGACGCCCAUCUGGUGGACGAGAGCAAAGCAGCGCGCCUAUCAGUGAAGGAAUUGCUUUACAAUCUAGCUGCCCAUCCGGAAAGCAAGACUGCGAUUUCUCAGAAAGUCGAAAGUCUAGAGAAUCCCGCAAGUAACCUCUGGAACAAGACGGAAGAAAAGUCACCAUCGUCUUGGUAUAAUCCCUUGGCCCAACUGCCAACCUUCCUUGCACUGCCGGUGUCUCUCCCCACGCCUGCACUUCAGAAGAAGGCAGAGGACAAAGGAUCACAUGGCAAGAAUCAAAUUGACGAUCUUUCUGAUCGGCUGCCUGCGGUGAAUACCCAUCUUUCUCCGACAGACACUUCCUGUAUUCCCCCGGGCGAUACUCCGCUUCCGCCUUAUACUCCUCCCGUUCCAUACCCGCAAGGCAUCAACACCUUGGAACCACACCAGCGGGGCAUUUCUCGUUUCUACAUUCAACAACAUUCGCCUUCUGUUCCGUCUCCAUACCCUUCAAGGUCGGAUAGUCUCGACCAUCUUGCGCUGCUGACAAAUGAAUAUGCGACGGAUAUUCCAUGCAACUGCAUUUCAUAUUCGGGUACACAUGAGACGCGGUGUGCACGGUACCAAGCUGCAUUGGAACGCAAGAAGGAAAUGAUCUAUAUGAUGGAAGGCGGACGGCAUGGAAGGAGUUUGUGGACUUUUUGGAUACCAGUUUUAUUUGUGGUCCUUGGUUUGGCAUUUUUCCGUUUUCUGGUCACCAACGAGGACGUAGAAACCAUCAUGAACAAGAUUGGACAGGCUCACGCAGAUAUCCUGGGUCCUGUGAGAGAAUGGUUUGAAGGCGCCAGAGCUUGGGGUGCCGGACGAGGAGAAGGUGUAACAGAGUGGAUUCAUACAAUACAUGUUAGAGGGCGGGCAAUUGCAAAGGUGGGACGGUUGGUGGUAUAGAUUCAGGACCCGUAAAGUAUAGUUUUAGGGUAUCGCAUUUGAUUUUUGUAUAUUCAAUUUGAGGGUUAUUCAUAUAUACAGUACCAUGUGUCAUUGGGG